CCAAGUACGUCGUCCUCUUCUGUCUAUUCUCUGACACGACUUCCCAGUUUGCCCUGGCCAUUCGAGACCGGCUCAUCUCAUCUCGCCUGGUACAAGUCGGCAUUUUCGGCUGCCACCGUUGCCAGCGGCCUUCCACGCGUUUACUUACGUCCAGUUCCCGCCGUCGCGCUGACCCAUCUGCAGAUGCUACGCCAACAGGCUGAAGCCGAAAGCGGUAUGUCGAGUCCAGCAGACUUCAGGGAUGCACUCUGGUGGGAGGCCCGUGUAGAACAUCUCUGGGACAGAGCGACGCUGCAUGUGUUGGCCAGCACUCCGUUGGGAACCGUGAUUAGUAGGCCAAUCAGACCGACCAAAAUCGGUGAGGCACAUCGUAUCUGUCCUUUGUUGGCAGGCUUUUUCUUUUCAACUUACAUCAUAGGCAUGCAUAGGCUUAUAUUUCCAGGAAAAAAGUGGCAGAUUGCCGGUCCUCAAAGUGGAUACUGCCCAGAAAAAUAUAUAACGAAAAUACUUCCUCACUUUUCAAGCGAUUAG